CCACGACAACGAAACCACCAGACCACCAAGAGCUGCAGCUGCUUACCGCCGCCUCUCCAAUCGAAUUCGGCGUACAGCUCACUUGCUUUUGCAACCUCUUACGCCGUGCGCCGAUGCUGCUCCUGACGCCCUUCGACCACUACUGCCUUGGAUCACUUCCGGCUGCGCUCUUGUACGCGUACUCACGACGACGGCAGGACAGACAUUAUGCGAGUCGGAGAAACAGCUGCACGCGCACGGUUGUUCAUCAUCUGAACGGUUCAACGCACCGCCUCGCGAGCGACGAGCGAAACACCCGGGCAGUGAAGGGCAACUGCCUGCGCUAGUGCACACGGCUGGUGUCAACAUCUAGCAGCCACCUCGCUCAAGGCUCGCGCACCUCUUCAACCGCGUUUGCGCUGCAACCAUCGCGAUGGUCAAGGCGGACGCCGCGAGUAAUUACUAUGCGGAGCUGGGGGUUUCUGCACAUGCGGACGAGAACGAGAUUCGCAAGGCAUUCCGGCAGCUCGCGUUGAAAUGGCAUCCAGAUCGCAAUCCGGGCCGCGAGGCAGAGUUCGUUGCAAAGUUCCAGCAGAUACAGGCUGCCCACGAGGUCUUGACCGACCCCGUCCAGCGAGCAAAGUACGACGCCGAACGCAAGAAGUUCCGAAACCUCAAUAUUCCGCCCUAUAAUCCCAAUACUCCCCGGACUCGCCCACCACCGCCCAGCAGGAGUGCGUACACGACUACGCCCAGCGGCUCCUACUAUCGUGCUCCUCCCCCGAAGCCCUCCCCGCAGCGUCCCCCUCCGCCGCAGCACCACCCGACCUUUGCGAACGGUGCAGACCGGUUCACAAGCAAGAACUUCAGGGCACCGCCAACGGCACAGCGACCAGACUCGAGACAAAAGGAUGCAGAGGCUCGGGCGAACGUGUUCACAGCAUGGCAGAAGAUGAAGCAGCCCCGGGCGGAGGAACCUCGAUCAUACAAUCCGAGUAACCCCAAUGGGGUCCCUUUUGGACGCAGCAAGAGCACGAGGGUGCCGUCGUCGAAGACGGGAUUUGACCCUGCAACUCCAGGCGGCGAUGAAGGUCAGGCACGCUCUUCUUACCGAUCAAACUACGAACGACCGGGUCCCUCGCCACCCGUGCCCGAAGAGCCGCUGAAAAACGUCAAACCACACACAACCGCCGAUGAAGUCCCGUACGCAGAGGCAAAUCGUAUGCGCACCCCGUACUACUCCACUGUGCCUGGUGAGCGGACAUCCAUGUUCGGAGAUGGCCUUGGGAAGUCCGCGAGCGUUCGUAAUUCUCCCACGCACCCGCAUCGACCCGGCUCUUCUGCGGACCAAGGUUUCUAUUCAGACUCUGGUCGUCGGCCCCAGCGAAACUCGUACGGCGGACACACAGCAAAGCAACGCUUCCCAAAUAUGUACUCUAGCUCAAGUGACGAGGAGUCCGAAUCAGAGGUCUUCCGCUCAGGGACCAAGCAUCGCGGCCCGCCUCCGAAGAAAGAAUCGCCGGAACAGAAGCAGUCCUGGGGACAGAGAGUGUUUGGGACACCGCAGAAGCAUAGCCCCCCUAGCCGAACAUCGCCGAACCCACCGAACACAUUCAAGAGCAGAAGCGAAGAGAGCAUCAAUAUGAAGUUCUCACCUUCAGACUGGCAUGGUAAAUUUGAGGGAAAACCAGAUUACUUUGCGCCUAAUAUGCAGAAAGGGACAUCUAGCAAAGGCCGGACGUCACCUACUAGGGGUAGAACUUCGCAGCGAACCACCGCGGAGAGGAAUCCGUUCUCCGGUCAGUCCGUACCGCCUCCAACAUCUUCCUUCGGGCAAGCGCAAUCAUCGCACGUGCCACCGCCUCCACCACCUCCUGGGCCUCCGCCGAAUGCCCAGACUGCUUUCCCGAGGGGAGCUGCCCCUGCGCCUCAUACGUCAAAGUUUGCUCCGGAAGCUUGGGCUGAAACCUUCAGGGAACCAAGCUGGGCGUAUCCGCUGAAAACUAAAGAGACUUCCCCGCGUCGUGGGUCUGCCACCGGCAAGCGCCCCAAUGCCGCUCGAAAACCUUCCCUAGUGCCUGAGGGAAGUGCUACAGUCGCCAAAGAGUCGACCAAGUCAAAGGCAAACCGGAAAUACCAAGCAUUCGCUGAGGAUGCUAGUAACGGUGGGGGCGAGGCUAUGGACAUUGACUCAAACACGCCGACCAUGGAGGAGAGCAAGCCUUCGCCUCCAAGACAUCAAUCAGGACCGAAGUCAUUUCAACACCAGAAGGCCGAUACCAAUGGGGCAGGUAUAGCAGCAAACGGCAAUGCUACUGCAUCACCAUCGGCCACUAGUGCUGAACCUCCUGCUCCAGGUCUCGGCGGAUUAUCUGGUCUGGCAAACGUGGAACCUUUCCUACCAGCCGCCAACGGCGGGCUCGGAGGUCUUAAUGAUCUCAAGGACAAUCUCCCUUUCCGGUCGCAGGCCUCAACCGCCCACCCAACGAAGCCCAAUACAGCCCAGAAACUGAAGUUCCCCACUGUCCCAGGAGCUCCCAAGCCGCCCGCCAAGCUCGAUCAGGCGUCCACGAACUCCUAUUUCACGCAAAUGGAGGGCUAUGUCCGUGACUUCAAAGAGUACAGUAAAGCUAUGACGGCGCACUUCGCAGCACGUGAUGCCGAGCUGGAGGAUCUUGAUGCGCGGUUCAUCCACAAUCGGGGCGAGACCACGAAGAAGCUGGGAUUUGCCAGUUACUUGAACAAGAUGAAGGAGGACGAGAAGAUUAUGGAGGUAUGGAAAGUCGCACAGGAUAUGCACAUUCGAGCUAUGGGAGAGUGCGAGGAGGUCCGCAACAAGACGAUCAAGCUGUACCUGUUUCCGACCUAGGCCUCCUGCCUAGGGGCAGUUGGUUGAAUAGUCGGCGUUUUGGCGCAGCGAGAUACCCUUGCAUGGAUAGCGUGUAUAAUAAUAUAUAGUCGGAGGAAAAAUAGGUUGGCGGCC